UUGGUUCAUUCUUGACGACCCAAAUGCUUUAGAUAUACAUCUACUAUCGAGUUGGUUAUCAGAAAACUUAAACAAGUGAGUUCAUCAAUGGCUAAUGUUCCACUAGCAACUGAAGCUUGGCCGGAGGAAAAUGUAGCUACUAAGGCAUGUAACGGUGGUCAAGUGUUUCUGUUAUUUGUCAAACAAAGAUUGAAAGACGACAACCCGGAGUUAAUCAGUCAACUGUCCUUCUUAAGUACUGCACAAGCUAAGGAAAAUGUGGAGUUGAAGCAUGUGUGUGCAGGUCUCGAAGAUGUAGCCCGACACUUUUUGAAUUCUAAACACAGAAAACUGACAAGAGACGAGGCUAUGGCGCACAGCCUUGAUGUGAAAGAGCAAGACUUUAAAUCUAUCGUCCAAGAAGUUUUAGCCGCAGCAACACAAAACGUAUCAGAACACAUCAUCGUAGUUUUCUUCUUCUUGUACGACUACGUGAUGAGAAUGUACUCCAAAGGUAUCGCUAAGAUGGAUCAGGUGCUAGGCUGGUGCCAGACGGCAGUUGUGGAGGGGAUUGACCCUAAGGUCACCCAAGUGGGGGGAUGGGCACACGUUUUUUCAAAGAAAAAACCAAAACAAAGGCCACAGUCGUCAAGUAGUCUGUUCUCUAGACUGUUGUUUUGGAGGAAAUAAUCAAUCAAAUAAAAUAUUUUUUCACGCAAACAUAUCUCAAUGCGCAU